AUGCAAGGAAAGGUGGAAGGAAAAGAUAGAGAAAUAAAGGACCGAGAAAAAGUAGCCUGGGGAGGUCUGGUUACCCCGCGUAAGAUUAUCUCCUCACGUGCGCCGCUGUGUGGAAAUCUCUCGCUCGUAAGGAAAUACCGAGGCUGUGCGAGCGAUGGACUAUGGUCUGUGUGCCUCCCUAUCAGGGCACUGGGCACACGCGCCCAUCGCUGGCGACUAUGGCAGAUAUCGAAGGAUUUGCGGGCGCGUGGGCGGGAGGGCUUGGCUCCGUCCGGUCGGUGGGCGGCGGCGUGGAUCGAGCGUCUGGUGUCCGGUGUCGGACCGGCGACGACGUGGUCGAGGGAGCGUGGCACCCGGUAUAUAUGCCCCGGGCGGCCGCGAGCUCCCCAGGGUGAAGAGGACACUGCCGCACAUCUCUGUCAGCUCCGGGUCGCCGUCGUCAGCUCCAGCGCAGCCGCCACCAUGAACAAGUACUUCCCUGGAAUCAGCCGCAUCGAGUACAGGCCCGAUGCCGGCCCGGAGGAUACUCUCGUCUACCGCCACUACAACCCACACGAGACCGUCCAUGGGCGCACCAUGGAGGAGUGGCUCAAAUUCUCCGUCUGCUACUUCAACACCUUCAGGUACUGUGGCUCAGACGACUACUAUGGCGAGCGCGCCCACCAGAGGACGUGGGACGACGGCUCUCGGUCCCUCGACAACUACAAGCGCCGGAUGAUGGCCGCUUUCGAGUUCUUCUACAAACUCAACAUCAAGUACUACUCGGUAAGCGACCGCGACAUGGCCCCCGAGGGAGACAGUUACGACGAGACCAACCGAUACCUUGACGAGAUGGUGACCCUGGCGUGUGACCUCCAGCGACAGACAGGGAUGCGGCCCCUCUACUACAGCGCCGACCUGUUCAGCCACCCCCGCUACAUGAACGGCGCCGGCGCCAAUCCCGACGCCCACGUGUUCGCUUACGCCUGCGCCCAGGUCAAGCGAGCCAUGGACGCCGCCAAGCGUCUGGACGCCGAGAACUUCGUCUUCUUCAAUCCUCGCGACGGCUACCAGAGCGUCCUCCAGAGGCAGUUCUUCCGCGACAUGUCCCACAUGGCGCAGCUGUACCGCAUGGCCGUCCAGUACAAGGACAAGAUCGGCUUCCGCGGCCAGCUGCUGAUCCAGCCCAAGCCAUCUGACCCUCGCCGCCACCAGUACGAGGCCGACGCCAUGGCCACCAUGUACAUGCUGCGCCACUUUAACCUGGACAAGCAGUACAAGCUCUACAUCAAGCCCGCCUUCUCACGCCUCAUGGGCCGCACCUACGAGCACGACGUCUAUAUGGCUGCUGCUUACAACAUGCUGGGAUGCGUCGACGCCUCUGACAGCUUCCCAGAGUUCAGCGGAACGUCUGACACUUGCGCCCAAGACAUUCGCGACGCCACAUUCGUCAUGAAGUGUGUCCUUGAACAGGGAGGUCUCCAGCAGGGUGGCUUCUCCCUGGGCGGCCGCGUGCGCCGCGAGUCCGUCGAGCCUCGUGACCUGUUCCACGGCCACAUCCUCGCCAUGGACACCUUCGCCCGCGCCCUCAGGAACGCCGCCCGCAUGAUCUCAGACGGAUUCUUCGCUCGCAGCCUCCAGCAGCGCUACACAACCUACAAGUCUGGCUACGGCGAGCGCGUCGAACAGUCCUCCAUGAGCUUCGAGGAGUGCGAGGACUACGUGCGCAAGUGCGGCGAGCCUCAGCCCCAGUCCACGCGCUGGGAACACUUCGAGAACAUGUUCAACUACUACGUGUAUCCGCCACGCCAGUAG